GGGGUUUGGUUGGUGAGGAGGAGGGGAUAAGUUGAGUUGGGACUCCGCUCCGCUGGUAUCCCAGGAAUGUGUUGAUCAUGGCGGCCGCAGUGAAGCCCGUGAAGAGCGGACUGCUGGAGCUCCGCGUUACCGUUCACCACUGGAUCCGUGUGCUCGCCACUCUCAGCGAGGACUCGUUCACCGUGAGCCCCGGAGACGCCGCCGACGAGCCCGCGGCCGGUGGGGCUGUUAACGGCGAUCCGGCGAACCUCAGCGCCUCGCCGGUACCGGACACCAUCACGAACGUCAAACGAACCGUCAGAGUCACCAAACAAGAAGUUGGAGGACUCGGAAUAAGUAUUAAAGGUGGUAAGGAGAAUAAGAUGCCCAUCUUGAUCUCAAAGAUCUUCAAAGGACUGGCGGCGGACCAGACGGAGGCUCUUUACGUGGGCGAUGCGAUUCUGUCCGUGAACGGGUAUGACCUCAGAGAGGCCACUCAUGACGAGGCUGUUCAGGCCCUCAAGAAAACUGGCAAGGAGGUCAUUCUGGAAGUGAAGUAUAUUAAGGAGAUGUCGGCAUUUUUUAAGGGCGGAUCAACGACGGGACCCCCGGUGUUGGAUUCUCCUCCAGCCACCCCGCAGAAACAGACAGACCCCGCUCUGAAAGAGACCAGGACCAUCUCGCUCCGAAUGUGCCAUGUGACACGCAAACAGUGUCCGCCGGACACAGAGGACAGGUAUUUUGAGGUGGUGUCGUCAGACAGGAAGAAGUGUGUGUUUCUGCGGGCUAAAGAUCAUGCCAUGGCUCAGGCCUGGUAUAACGCCAUCCAGACCGGCAGCACAGCGUUACUGAGCAGCGCCAAAGCUGAGCUCAAAGACCUGCAGCCCAGUCUGGACGUCACACACAUCGGCUGGAUCAUCGAGCAGGGCUCAGAGCGGCCGAUCCUGGCAGUGUUGACAGACAGAGAUCUGCUGCUGUACACAUCUCUACCCGACAGCAAAGAGACGUUCAACAGCCCAGACAAGAGCUAUCCGUUAAUUACCACCAGGCUGGUUCACUCUGGCCCGGGUAAGACUUCAUCAGUCCACGACUCUGAGCUGACGUUCGGUCUGCGUUUGGGCACUAAACAAGGAGUGGAGACGCAUCUGUUCAGAGUGGACACGGCUAAAGAUCUGUCCACCUGGACGCACCUGCUGGUGGAGGGCUGCCACAGCGCCGCCGAGCUCGUGCAGGAGGUCACCACAGCGUGCAGCUGGAACGGGAAGUCGUGUAUGUUGAGCGUUCACAUAGACAAAGGCUUCUUGCUGUUCACGGAGGAGGCUGGCGUCAGGAGAACCGUCCUUCUCCAGCAGCCCUUCGAGCGUCUGCGCAUGUCCUCAGACGACGGCGUCCGCAUGAUGUUCCUCGACUUCGGAGGCCCAGAAGCCGAGAUUCAACUGGACCUUCACUCCUGCCCUAAAACCAUCGUCUUCAUCAUUCACUCUUUCCUGUCAGCCAAGGUCAAGCGACUAGGGCUGUUGGCAUGACGACGGUGCUCGGAGACGCCGCCUCCACAGGACAAACGCCAUGACGACGGAAGUGACCGGUGGACCACUGGACAUCAAGCCAAAUCUUCCAUCACAGACUAUCAGCCAUUCACUGAUGAUUUCACUAUGUGUUCCUCAUAACGCUGACCUUUUAUUCGUUAUCAUUUUAUUGGUUUGUAUCUCAGAUAAACUUUAUGAAUGUUUAAAACAUAAUCACAUAAUCAUACGCUAUAAGAGCAGCAACAGAAACAAAACAAGAGAUUAAACUCUGUUCCAGAACCUACAUAGGCAGCUGUCUACUGAGGGAGCAUUUGAGACACUCAUGUUUGCUAAGAUAAUGCUGCAAUAGUAAGUGUAAAAAUAUGCAUAAAAUAGUCCAUUAUAAUAAAAUAAAAAAUAAUAAAAUAAUACAAUAAAAAUAAAAUAAAUACAUUUCAAAAUAAUAAAAUAAAAUUAAAAAUAAUAAAUUUAGUUACUUUUAAUUAUUACAAUUAUUUAUCUUGAUUUUCCCCAAGCUUGUUGCAGUGCAUUCUGGGAUUGCCUUUAACAGAAAGCAUACUUGUGAUGCUGUAUUCAAAUGUUCCCGGCAGCCUUCCUACGAUGCCUUUAAAAGUGCUGUCUAAGAAGGCAGCUCACUAGGUUUUGGAACAGAGACUGUGAAAAACGCAGCUGCUCUGAUUGUGAAAAGGGCUUAACGUUUGGCAGCUGAGAGCGUUUGAGAAGUAAAAUCUCAGAAAUAAUGGUUAUUUCUAAUUUGACUUCCUUCUGACUCUUAACUAUAACCUUUUAAGACACGUCGUCUUCCAGAAUAUCUGUUAUGAAUCUAUGCAUCUGUGAAGAGAGAGAAUCAACCGGCCAAACCCUUACGAAAUGUACCGUAGUACUUUACAAUUGCCAUAUUAAUAUACUAUAUGGCGUAUGGUUUUUGUAAGGGAAAUAUGGUUAGAUCUCUUUCUCUUUUCUUUUACGAGCCAAAACUACAAAUAAAACUCAGAAGUCAGAUUUAGAAUUGGACAAACCUUCACUAAAAGUAGCUUGAGCUGAAAACCCCUUGUAAUUCAGUCUGUGGAUUGAGUUGAUUUGAAAUAACUGUGUUAUACUGACCUCUAAUGGGCAUAAUGAGCAUUACAAGCAGUGUGAGCUGAUCUCUGGCUGUGUUUACAAUGACAUACUAACAUACUGCAUACUGCAUUUGUCAGUGUUGAUGUUAACUUAAGCCUAAAAACAAGCAUGAAAUAGUCCUUUUAAAAAAUAAAUGUGAUUCAAAUUCAAAUAAAUAAAAUGAAAAUAAAUUAAAUUAUAUAGUUAAAUCAAUAAACUUGAUGAUUUUCAGUGUUGAAUUAAUUUUUAAUACUUUUUAAUAAUUACUUUAAACCAGAGCGCACUGCGCUGAAUACUCUAUCCCACAAUGCAAUGCACUCGAUCUUCCGUAUCCAGAUAAAUGCACUGAAAAUAACAUCAGUUGUGAUAUUGAAUCAUCAUUUGUUGAGAUGCCUAAAAGUGACAUUUUUACACAUGCUUGCAUUAAAAAUUCAUAAUAUCUUCUGGGAUACGCAGAUGCUGCGUGCUGAAAUAAACAUGUUUAUUGUUGCACACUGUUUAAAACAGCAGGCAGUAUGCAGCGAUGCAUUGUAAACACAGCGUCUUUUAUGCAAUAUCAUCUUGUUUUGUUAUUUUUCUUUGUUUUUUACCUCCUUCUGAUUGAUUUGUGUGAGUAAUGAUGGCGCUCAGCUGUAUUCCUCACAUUUUUACCUUGCUGUUUGAGUUCUUCUGCUCCAGCUAUGUGGUGACGGCGAUAUGCAAGUGUUUUCUGCUCGGAGAGGGACUUUUACAGCUCCUUCAUGUGGCCUUUUUUAAACUCUACUAAAUUUUAAUAUAUUAUAAUUCAAACUAAACUGUAGUCAAACUAUGUUAGCUAUCGGAUGGAAAAUCAUAUUAUAUAUUUAAACAAAAGAGUGCCUUUUAGGGUUGUUUGUAUAUAAAAUUGCAAUAAAUAUAACUGUUGACUUGAGUUUUAUGGGGUCAUUUCCUGGGGCCCGGGGCCGAGAGGCAUGGCUUUCACUCAUAUAUGGUCAAAAACAUGACUGAAAAGCCCAAUAAAACACAUACAAACACAGUCCAUCAGCCGGCUGAGUCAUGAGUUAGCUGUGUCUUAGAUGAUUUGCUAGGAGAAAUAAAACCAAUGAGAUGUCAUUUGUGUCCGACGCUCACGACUGUUGUUGUUUUCUCGCUCUGAAACAAAGCUUCACUCUUUUCCUGCUUUUAGUGCAUGAACCUCCACCCACAUCAGGCAAAAAUAAGAGUUUUCUCGUAAAACAUUUUAGAAAAACAUUCUACAAAUAGAAAAUGAGAUGUUCAGACAGUGUAAAUAAGGAAACAGAGCAAUUUGUUAAUUGAAUUUAAUUUGAAAAGGUUAUUUUUAAAGACAAUUCAAAAACUAUUUCCCCAGUAAAUAAAUAAAACAUUUUAGA